UCAACGCCAAGGGUUGGCUUUUUGCCCAAAAUUUCCCCUCGCGACUCGCGAAUCAGCACCGCAGGUCGCGGAGGCCGCCGGAGCUUCGCCGAGGGAAAGCCGCCGCCGAGGAAGAAGGGGGAUGUCGUACCUGCUGCCGCACCUGCACUCCGGGUGGGCGGUGGACCAGGCCAUCCUCGCCGAGGAGGAGCGCCUCGUCAUCAUCCGCUUCGGCCACGACUGGGACGAGACCUGCAUGCAGAUGGAUGAGGUGUUGGCUGCAGUAGCCGAGACCAUAAAGAACUUUGCUGUCAUCUACCUAGUUGACAUCACCGAGGUUCCGGACUUCAACACCAUGUACGAGCUGUAUGAUCCAUCAACGGUUAUGUUCUUUUUCCGAAACAAGCACAUCAUGAUUGAUCUUGGGACUGGAAACAACAACAAAAUCAACUGGGCCCUGAAGGACAAGCAGGAGUUCAUCGACAUUGUGGAGACUGUCUACAGGGGUGCUCGGAAGGGCCGGGGUCUGGUGAUCGCCCCAAAGGAUUACUCCACCAAAUACCGAUACUGAUUACUGUGGCAUUUGUGUUUGCCCAUUACAGUUUCCAGCCUACCCUGUUUGGUACUCCAAAUGGCAGUACUUAGGCACUUUGCCUAACUAUGUCUUGGGAUUUCAUUAGCGUGUGAUGCUUGACACGAUUGUUGAAAAAUGAAAAUGAUAAAACUACAUAAGCGGCAUCAAUUGAAUCAAUCAACUGCACAGUAUCUG